AUGAAAGUUUUUUCCUCCGGUGAUAUUUUAGCUCUACUGCAUCCGGGACUUUAUUUCAUAAGAGAGCUAGCGGCUCCUGUGGAGGUUGGUAGUUCCCCAUCUAUCAGACAUAGAUCUGGCUGUUUUCCUCCCGCACCCUUAUCGGGAUUAAGGAAAGCCGAGCUCCCCUUUGCGUUGAUUAUAGGCCUUUUCUUUGCCCUUUGGGAGAGAAAGAAGCAAUUUCUCUGUUCAAAAUCAAGCUACAGGCCAUCAAAGAUGGCGGUAGAACAACUAGCAAGAGGUGCCCAGCCCCGAUGCCAAUGCCCUUUCUGUUCUCGAGUCUUUGCAAUCUUCUUCCAUUCCUCGACUUUGAAAUGGUUAGACCACUUUCUUCGAGUCCGGUUGAGAAAUAGCGGAUUUGAGUACCGGGAAUCAGGGCCCUUGAAGAACCCUCCACGAAUUAUCGAUAGUAGUUUACUAAUCCAAGGAAGGAGUGAUGCGAAGAAUUUCUUUCUUUCGUACCCAUUCACAAGAAAGAAGGGUCUCAAGCAGUGUGUUCAUGGUCACUCAGAACAUAGGAUUUUCGGCAUCAAAGAGCGCGUGGGACAGGUGAGGGAAGGAAGGGCGGGAUGA